CAAAGUGACAGAUGUCAACUUAGUCAUCUGUAUAAAAUUUUGUUAACUGUAAAUUUAUGUAUUAUUUAUUGGACUGUUUGAAGCUUUAUAAGCUUGAUAAGUAAAUCAUGUCAGAAGCUUUUAAAGUUGGAGAAAGGGUGGAGGUUACGGGGAAGGAGGUCCAGGGAACUGUAGCCUUCAUAGGCUUAACAAAUUUUGCUACUGGAAAGUGGAUAGGUUUAGUUUUGGAUGUACCAAAGGGAAAAAACAAUGGUACAGUUCAGGGGAAACAAUAUUUUAAGUGUGAGGAUAACUUUGGUAUGUUUGUAAGAGCAGUGCAAUUGGCACAUCUUGAUGAACAUGGCAAACCAAUUGAGACACCAACAGAAGAACCAACACCUUCAUCAAAAUUGCGUAGCAGACAGAGUGCUGUCGGUACAAAACCAAAACCCACGACUGUCAGGCGAAAAACGUCACCAACUAAAAGACCAGGAUCUUUGUCAGCUUCAAGCUCUCGUAUUUCAUUGGCAAGCAGCAGACAAUCAUUGGCGAGCAGUCGUCAGUCUUUGGCUGGUAGCAGACAAUCAUUGGCCGGAAGUAGAAGCCAAUUGACUUCGCCCAAUGUCGAUAGACCGGAAGCCUUGGCGGAUAUCGCCCAGAAUCCAAAGAGAGCUUCAUUUGUUGAAACAAAUUUUGUGGAAACUUUGAAGCCGCAGUUUACACCUGGCCAGGCGAUCACUUCCACGACGACUCCAGUCACUACAGUUGAGGAGAAACUCAAUAAUUUGCAGUUUCAACAGGAGCUGGAAAACAGGAGUCAGCAGAUCAAGGAUUUGGGCGAGAAAUUGGAAACGCUGAGGAUCAAAAGGCAGGAUGACAAGGAGAAGAUGAAGGAUUACGAUAAAUUGAAGAUUCAAUUGGAGCAGCUGAUUGAGUUCAAGACGAGGAUCAUGGAAUCUCAGGCUAGUUUGCAGAGGGAUUUACAGAGAGCUAAGCUUGAUGCCAAGGAGGCUAUUGAAGCGCGCGAAGCGCACGCUGAAGAAGUUUCCGAUUUGGCAGAGGCCGUGGAAAUGGCUACGUUGGAUAAAGAAAUGGCAGAGGAGAAGGCGGAGACUUUGCAAUUAGAAUUGGAGGUCUGCAAGGAAAAAUUGGAGGAAGUCACUUUGGAUUUAGAAAUUUUGAAAACUGAGAUGCAGAAUAAGGGAAGCACCAAUACGGCGGAUGGUGCAGUUAUGUCGACGUAUGAAAUUAAACAGUUAGAGCAGCAGAACGCAAGGCUAAGGGAGACUUUGGUGAGGAUGAGGGAUCUGUCGGCUCACGAUAAACACGAGUAUCAGAAGCUGAUGAAAGACAUGGAUCAGAAGAAGUCUGAAGUUGCUGAGUUGGGUCGCACUAAGGAGAAGUUGAGUAGCCGUGUGGAGGAGAUGGAGCAGCAAAUCGCUGAUUUACAAGAGCAAGUGGAUGCUGCGAUGGGUGCUGAAGAGAUGGUUGUCAUUCUCGGAGAGCAAAAGUUAUCUUUGGAAGAGAAGGUUGUGCAGCUGCAAGAGGAAGUUUCCGAACUCGAAGCGUUGCAGGAUAUGAAUGAUCAAUUGGUUGAGAGCAAUGCUGAGCUCGAGAUGGAUUUGAGGGAAGAACUGGAUAUGGCGCAUUCGGCGUAUAGAGAGUCUUUGAGAGAGAAAGAAGCGGCGAUGGAAACUAUUGCCGAUCGUGAAGCAACUAUAAAUAAGUUUAGAGAAUUGGUGCAGAAGCUCCAAGACCAAUCGUUAGAUUUACAGCAUAGAUUGGAGAAGGAGUCCAGUAAGCCGGUUUCGGCGCUUCCAGAAAUUCUGGAUUUCAAGAAGAUGUUCACCGAGACCAAAGCGCAUACUAAGGCUAUUGAUCUUGAGUUAAGACGUGUCGAUGUUCAGCAGCUACAACAGCACAUAAAAUACUUGACGGCUUUCAUGCCUGAUACUUUCAUGAAUCGCGGCGGAGAUCAUGACGCGGUUCUGAUUUUGCUUCUUGUGCCACGGUUGGUUUAUAAGACGGAGCUAUUGAUCUCUCAGAUAAGAGACAAGUUUCCGGCCGUCGAGAAAAUUGAUACAGCAGCUGUGUUCAAAGGACACGCCGUCGAACAGUUCGCUUUCAGAUGCCGACUUUCCUACCACAUUUUUGCACUACAAACUAUAUUGCAUCAAUAUUACUAUGCAUUGAACUCUUGCAAACCGGAGGCUCUACUAAAAGUAGGAGGUACAUAUCCAGAAAUGGGGGCUCAAGAAAAGGUUAUCGAUGGUUUCGUUGAGUUGGUGAAACGUGAUCAAUUAGAUGAGAACGUGCCAACUGAAAUUCUAGAGAAAUGCGUUGGUUAUUUUAAUACCAUGUAUCCCGUGUUACUUAGUACAGAGAAUAAGCUUAACCAUACUCAACUUCUGAAUGAUACAGUCAAAAUGUUGGUAGCUGCUUGCGACGGUAUCAAUAAUGAUGCGCUCGUCAUUCGUACUCUUAUUGAGACCUCCAACGUUGGUGAUAUUGGUUUGCUGGCUCAAUACGUAAUCACCACCAUGGAACAAGUUCAACAACAAUUAAAACUUGUUAAGAGACGCAUCCCUCCUGAUACAAACGUUAGCAAUUUAGGUUUGAACAAGGAGGUUUUCGAAAAUAUUUACCAAUGUUAUCAGCAAGCCGGGAAAAUUAUGAAGACGCUCCAAGAUAUCGUCAAAGUUUCAGUUCAAACCAUUUCCACGAGUGGCGAUUCUGACAAGGGCUUGUCUCAAGAUAAAAUUAAAGACAUUGCUAUAAACGCCAGCGACAAGGUGUACGAGCAAGACGAUUUAGGUCCAGUCCAAAGCAUCAAAAAUUCAAUCGCUUUCAUCCUGAUGCAAAUCACUCAGUUGGCGCAGUUCUUGCAGGAUAACGAAUACGAGAUCAACACUGCAAACAAAAACGAAGAAAAACCUAGUCCACCUGUGAUGGUUCGAGCACAAACCGUGAAAAAGGAAUUGGAACAGACGAAAACUUUAACCAGUAAAUUGGAAAACAAAGAAUCCGAUAUUAAGGAGUUAAAGAAGACUAUCAAAGAGAAGCAAGAGCAGUUAUCUGAGAUGACUAUCAGGAAAGAAUUGGCGGAGAAGAAGUUGGGUAAUGUGAACAAGGAUUACGAGUUGACCAUAGAGAAACUGCAGAGGAAGCUGGAUGAGGCUCGUAAUAGUUUGAAAAAGAACGAGAAGGAGUUUGAGGAAACCAUGGAUCAUUUGCAAGCGGAUAUCGAUUCGUUGGAGAACGAAAGAUCCGAAUUGAAAGAGCGUCUGAAGCAUGUUAACAAGAAGGGCUACAGCGAUCCAUCCAAAUCCGUUUCAGCAUCGCAAAUGCCAUCGCUUCAAUCGAGUGGACCGAGUUUACCGGCCGUUGUUAAGGAUUCUCCGCUUCUUCUCCACGAGAUCGAUAAUCUGAGGAAGCUGUUCAAUAAUGAGAGGAACGAAAGGAUGCGUUUAGAAGGUGAUGAGAUGAAGAAGAUUAUGGAUGGAAUGAAGCCAUUGCCUACGUUCAAGAACACGCACGAUCCCAUCUUGGAUGCUUUGCAUAAAGAAGGAGCAGCUUUGAAACAAGAAAUACUAAUGAAUCUGGCCAAGCCUAGAUUCCCGCCAAUUUACAAAGUACAACCUGGUAAUGGACCUGCCGCAUGGCAGAAGCACUUUGCCGAAGAACGGGAUAGGAUGAUGGCUUUGAAGAGACGCGCCGAUGAUUUCCAGAGCAAGGUUACGGCGGAAGCAGUUAGGAGGAAGUUCGGUGGAUCAAUUGAAACGGAUUUCACCAUUUUCCCAACCAUCGAAAUGACUAAGGCAUUGAAAGAGACUUCUUCGACGAACAUCGGCUACGUUAAGGUUCCCAAGCAAUACUUGGUGGCCGGACAGAAGCCGGGCAUCGUGAAUUUGGAGCUGGACUUCCAAAACUUGCAAAAGAUUCUGCUUAGUUUAGCUUGCUAAAAUCUUCACCAAACUAUAUAUACUUAUAUUGUGAUAUAAACCUUUAGAGAAUAUUACCCGCUACUUAUAUACUAAUUACAUGUUUUUUUUCUAUCGCUUGUCGCUUGAAAUGUAUAUCUAUUUAUUCGAGAUAAUUCAUUUUCUUUUUAUAAUGAGAUACAUACUUACUAAUUAUUCCAUCAAUAAGAAUAAGUAAUAAAAGUAAUCAAAUUACGAACAAA